GACAUUUAGACCAAACUUAUUACAGUUCAUUAGGAGAGGAACUUGACUGUGUGUGCUAUUUCAUCAUCAUUCAGUCAUGUUACUACCCGAGCUAAAAACUAUUCUUCUUCUCUCUGACAGUGGCUGUUGUGCCACUUUCUCUCUCUCUGCUUCACCACAUUCCUGUCAUUACCAGCCCACUCCAUGCAUACCACAUCUACCCGUCCUCUCCCUCCAGCCCUCUCACUUUCAUUCUCCAUCUUCCCAUCAUGUGUUUUUGUUUCACUCUUUCCCUCGUCUGUGUCUGCAGCGUCCACAUGGGUCAACAGAGGAUAAAGCCUUAACAGAGUUACAUAAAUCCCUUUGUGGAAAGGUGAUGAGUCAGGUAGAUCUGCAUGUGUGUCUGCAUGUGUGUAAGAGGAAGAGAAGGGACUCAUUGACGGAGAUGCCGAGCUCUCUGUGGCUGUCUGCAGCGAGCAGAUGGUCAUAUGUAUGAUACUCUCUGCUCCUGAAUCACUGGAGGAAGAAGAAAUCCCCAUCACAUCUCCUUCUCCACAUCCACUGAUAUCCCUGUAGCACCUUUUCUCUGUUGCUUUCACUGCGUCUCACACAUUUCUAAGCCCCUCCGCCUCACUUUUCCACUGUGUCACCAUGGAUAUUGGCGGCCUGACGACAGUGGUGGCCAACUCUGCCUACAUCUCAGCCCGUGGGAGCGUUGAUGGCACUGCCAACGCCGCGUCCGGUCGAGACAAGAAGUACCACUCCCACCUGAAGCUGCCUCACAUCACAGUGUGCGAGGGUCUGCGGGAGACUUUAGACCUGGGCUUCCACACCGUUUGUGUGGAGCAACCCAUCGGCAAACGUCUCUUCCAGGAGUUCCUAGACUCCAACAAUGAGUACAAAGCUCCCUGCCGCCUGUGGAAGGACAUUGAGGAGUACAACAUGGCUGAGGACGAGGAUCGUGUGCAGAAAGUGAGCAAGAUGCUGUCCCGGUACAUGGAGCCAGGCGCCAAGUAUUUCUGCCCCUUCCUACCAGAGAACGGCAUCACAAAGGUCAAAGAGAAACACCAAGAGGCAGGGGAUGAUCUUCUCAAUGAGACCAUGAACAGUGUGAUGGAUUUUUUCAAGGAAGUGCCGUACACUUUCUUCCUGGAGAGCAUGUAUCUGAAAAGAUUUCUUCAGUGGAAGUGGCUGGAGAUGCAGCCAAUGGGAGAGGAUUGGUUCUUGGAUUUUCGUGUGUUGGGGAAAGGGGGUUUUGGGGAGGUGUCUGCCUGUCAGAUGAAGGCCACAGGGAAACUGUACGCCUGCAAGAAGCUCAACAAGAAGAGGCUGAAGAAGAGAAAAGGCUAUGGGGGGGCAAUGGUGGAGAAGAGGAUCCUCGCUCGAGUUCACAGCAGGUUCAUUGUCUCUUUGGCGUACGCCUUCCAGUCGAAAACAGAGCUGUGUCUGGUCAUGACCAUCAUGAACGGCGGAGACCUGAGGUAUCACAUUUAUAACGUGGAUGAGAACAACCCAGGGUUUGAUGAGCCACGAUCCUGUUACUACACUGCUCAGAUCAUCCAGGGCCUGGAGCACCUCCACCAGAAGAGGAUCAUCUACAGAGACCUCAAACCAGAGAAUGUGCUGCUGGACAAUCAAGGUAACGUUCGUAUCUCUGACCUUGGUCUGGCCGUGGAGCUCGCCGAGGAUCAGCUCAAAAUCAAGGGCUACGCUGGGACUCCAGGCUUCAUGGCUCCAGAGCUGCUGAAAGGAGAGGAGUACGACUACUCUGUCGACUACUUCACUCUGGGGGUCACUCUGUAUGAGUUUCUGGCUGCCAAGGGACCCUUCAGGACCCGAGGAGAGAAGGUGGAGAACAAGGUGGUGAAGAAGCGGAUCCUGAACGAUCCGGUGAUGUAUCCAGAGAAGUUCAGCGAGAACGCCCGGUCCAUCUGUGAGGGUCUGCUGUGCAAAGAGGUCGACAAGAGGCUCGGCUUCAAGAACGGAUCGUGUGACGAGCUCAGGACGCACCCCUUCUUCAGUGAGAUCAACUGGAGGAAACUGAACGCAGGGAUCCUUCCGCCACCUUUCGUGCCAGACUCUAAGACAGUUUAUGCCAAGAACAUUGACGACGUCGGGGCCUUCUCCACCGUUAAAGGCGUGCAGCUGGAAGACAAGGACAAGGAUUUUUUCAGCGAGUUCGCCUCGGGGAACAUCUCCAUCCCCUGGCAGGAGGAGAUGAUCGAGAUGGGGAUCUACAGCGAGCUCACAGUCUGGGGCCCGGACGGCACUUUGCCCAAUGACCUGCGACGCGAGUCCAUCCUGGAGCAGCCGCCCAAGUCCUCCACCUGCACCGUGUCGUGAGAGGCUUCAGUCCGUGAACUGAACUGUGAGCUGAACUUUAUUUUUGAGCACUUUUUGUACAAGAUGUCAGGUUGGUGGUGGAUCUCAAGGGAAAUGAUUCUUAUUGAUGAUGAUUAACUCUUUUUGCUGCUCCAAUAGGUAAUGAUAAUGCACUUUUUUCUGUGUUUUUGCUACAACGCUAGCCAAAGACUUACAGUUACUUAAUGCUUUAACAGCUCUUGGUCCUUUUUUUACUGUAAAAUGUUGAGUUUACAUGUGCUGAUACUGUGUGGCACAUUUUUGUCUAACAUUAUAUCUGUUUCUUACACUGUACUACUACUGAUUUUUUGUUGGUUUUUCCAGGUAUGAAUGAUCAAUAAUUGUGUGUGUGUCAGUGUGAAUGAACUGUAAGUAAAAACGAUCAUUUCUAUUUCCUAACAUGACAAGAAGCCCAGAUAGUGAAGAUCUCUGGUUGUGUUUGGCUGCCAUCCUUCACUGGCCCUGAGUCUCAUGUGUUUAGAAACUCUUUCAAACUCAUUUUACAUGACAGAUACAUUUAGAUGACAUGACACACUCGUACCUGUGAACACAUGUGCUACACGUUUUUGUCUGCAUCUCCACUUUAUGCUCCUCCAGUGUGUCCAGUGUCAGAAGUGUGAAUAAGCUCGUAUCCACCUGCCGCAGAGAUAUUUCUGAAUUUGAAUAAAUAUUCGUCAUUAAA